AUGUCCACCUCCUUCCAUUACCAAUCCACUUGUGUCGAGGAGGACUCUGCAUAUCUGGAGCUCACUCUGCCCAAUGUCGUUGCUGAUGACUUCUCCUUCGCGCCCCAAUCGAAUACCUACCCCGCAGCCAACUGCGGGCCGAUAGACCUCUCCAAACUGGAUGAGAGCAUCUCCUUCGAUAAUGUGCUGUGGGACCAUUUCAACCCAGACUUGUUGGGCUCCACUACCGAAUCUUCCAUCCAUCCAUCCACUUCGCUAUUAAACGACAUCUGGUCCACCGACUUUAAUUCCCUCCCUGACCCGUCCUCCAUCUGUUUUGAUACCCCUCAGAUGGGCUAUGCUUCACCCACCUUUUUCUCUGCAGAUGCAGAUACCAAUUCUAUUGACCGCACUCCCCCCUCACCCGAUUCGGAUGACUCCGUCCAACGCCUGAACUGGGUUAGAUCCACACUGAAGGACCUUGCCUUGGCAAGAGCAGCCAAGGAUACACGACCUGUAUCACAGAAGACGAAGCAGAUGGAUGCGUCAAUUGAAUUGUAUCUGCAGCUUCAAAACGAUCUUAGCUCUGGAUUCCAGGAAGAAUGCGCACCCGCUGCUCAAAGCAUGGUCUGGCAACCUAGCUCAACCACCACAAGCGACUCGUCAUUCGACAACAAUUCGUUGUCCCUUACCGGAUCGCCUGGCUCAUCAACCGGCAAUGUCCCGGAACUCUCCCCCGCGUCUAUCACAAGAGUCGGAUCAGCAUCCGCUGGCCCCUCUAGACCUACACCGCUGCCUGCAUCCGGUGGGGUUCAAAUGGUCCUGGACAUGAACCUGAACGAGACCACAUCGCUGCCGAGGAAGCAUCGCCCAAAGACCCAGGAGGAGCGGCAGAGGUAUAUCGCUGUGCGCAGACAGGGCGCCUGCGAAUGGCACCGCAAGCAACGCAAGAGGUGCACAUGUGUCGAUAAGACGAACUCCACCCUCACAACUGCCAAACGGAAGAAGCUAAUGAAGCAUAUUCAAACUUCCCAGCAACAUUGUUCAAGUGCUGUCACACCGGCUUCGGCCGGCGAUCGAUGGCGCAGAACCAAUGUCCGCCCAUGUUCUGGGCCGCUGAAAUCCUCGCCUACGCCACAAGCGUGUGUCAUUCCCAACUCCACUUGGCGAUGCGACGGAGGCCUGUCAUGCACUGAUCCCGAAUGCCUCGAAUGUUGUGGUAAUGAGGAACCAAUUACCCAACGUCUUCAAGUUGUGGUUCAAUCCAGUCUUGACUGCCAACGCCACAAACCAUAUAUCAAUCGCGGAACACUGGAAUUGAUAGAAUGGCAGCCAUGGGGAGAACCAUCAGGCGACCACCGGAGAUAUACUCUUCUGCCUCCUGUGCGAGAAUCGCUGGAACCAGCGUCUCAGACUCAACGCGCGAUCCGAUCUCGUUUGCAGACGACAACCGGUGUGCCUGGGUCCGUCAGGGCUGCCCAGGAUCUGGAUAUUCAUACCAUCGCAAGUCCUGGACGAGCGUACUCAUCUCGAGAUCCACAGUCCUCUCGAGACAAUCUGGGAGAUAGACCAACUUGGCCGCAUCCAGCGAAUAUCAACAUUACAUUUACCCAUGCUAGCACCAGGGAUAGUCGGCCGAACUCGCAUCUCUUGGUACGAUGCAGCGACAAGCUGGGUAUAGAUGUUGGCACCAUCCCCACUGAUGGACAGAGGAGCACUAGAAGUCCGCACGCCCAAAUUGACAAUCAACCCUGGGAGCCCACGACUAGAGCAGUGUUAGAAAUCAUGGUUCGCCUAAUGUCGGGGACGAUAUUGCGACUUGCUACAUGUCCUUCAUCUAUAUUCUCGCGAUCAUCAGCCUCAUGGCAACCUUCCGCUUCAUCUGGAAAAUGGGAGAUACAACACGCCAUUCGCAACAGAAAGCCGUCUCAUCCAGAAGCAGGGGAACCGAGCACAGCCAUAACAUGCCUCCUGAUGAUCUUGGGAUUCUCAUUUGUCUCACCAACCCUCUCAAUCGUUGCCUCCAUCUUCCUAUAUCGUGCCACCAGAUGUUCCCCGUCGUCAAGUAACCUGGCCCAUGCCAGGCAAAUCAUCAGUCGUAAAUCCCCUGCCGUUCCUGAUCACCGCAUAGCAAGAACGCAUUGCGCAGUGAAAUGACCACGAUACCCUACCCUACACUGAUGCAACCGAAUUCGCUAUGCUAUGCGUGCGUUCACAUAGCGUGGUUGUGGUUGUAAGCAAAGUGUUUGACACCAACCGUCACCCCCAACAUUUUCAUUCUUUACUUCUCUUACUUUUCUUACUUUCCUCGCCACCAUCUCCUAUGGCACCCUCACAGGGCACGGUCUGCUGGUAUUAGAUAUUUUGACAUUUACCGCCUUCUUUUUUCUAUUCUAUGUACAUAAAUAACCCAACUACAUCCUCCAUGCUCGGUAGUCCACAGCAAAGACGAAUAAAAUAUCAUAUUUCCUGAUCGGA